UUCGAUUGAAACGGCAAACAGGAAGCCAUUGAAAUCGUCGCUGUCAUAAUUUUUAAAGAUUCUUUUUCGGAUGAAAACAAUCGAGUAAAGAGAAUUAUGAAAUUCCAUAUAUACAAUCCCGAACCAUUAAAUAAUUGCUCGAACCCAGCCUGCAAUCGAUUUCAUUCGAAAACACAGGAUCCGUCACAUAUUUUCGAUUGUUACAGAAAAACGCAAAGCUUUCCGAUAAAUUUCCAGUGUAGCGACAGAAUUCAUAAACUUUCCGAACCCCAUCCGAGACAUGUCAAUAGGAAAGUGGUUAAGGACACCGAUUCAUCGUCGACAAGAAGCUGUAUUUCUAAACAGAAUCCGAUAUCGACCAGACUGGAACACUUAGCCGCCCCGAUUUUUCGGCGUAUUUAUUCAACCAGACAAAAAAUUGAAUCAAACCGCAAAGUUACCGACUCUGUGAAGCAGAAUUUAAAUUUGCAUAUUCAGAGGAGCAUGUACAAUAUUUACAGCAGACUAGAAAAUGUGAAAUUUCCGCAUGCUAUGGACUUGAGAAGAAAACCAUUAAGAGGAUCUAUCAAAUCUUCGACUCCAGACUCCGAAAAUCGACGAGUAGUAUUUGAAAGGCUUUGCCAACCGCAAAGAAAACUCCGUACAGAAUCACCCGUUAAGUUAACUUUGGCAAAGCGACCGGUCAGUAUGGAAGUGAUUGAGAGGCUUUCGGUUCCCAGGAAAAUCAAGUCAGCUGAACAGGUUAACUAUAAAGUAACCAGUCGACCUCUCCAAAGCGAAGAGUACUAUGAAAAAUUGUCACAACCAAGAAAAAUCUUGGAGGAAAUAAUCAAUCGAGAAACUGAGCAAAAAUUAACAUCGAUGAAAAGGAUCAACAAAAUGGCUGCACCGCUGUCUCGUCUUCAGAGAAGAAAAUUUAUGAAAGGAGAUAAUGAAAUGAAAUUUCCAGUUUCAAAAGCGGCGUUACAGUACAAGGCGUCGGCAAAUAUUAAAAAAUUGGCCGCACCGAAGGAGGAUCCGAGUCAAUCAUCUGGUAAAAGUAAGAAAAAGUAAUAACUUGCAGUGAUCCAUCCUAUUGCUGCUGUUUUAGUUCGGAGUGUAAAAUUAUUUGUUCCUUUUGUUCGCUGGUCCUGUUAACGUCCUAUCAUAAUAUAAUUCUCCCUCAUACAA